CAUCCUCUUCCUCACUCUUCUGAGCGUGCUCCGUUGGCUCGCCGUGGCCCAGCCGCUGCGCCACCGUGCUCUGGCCACGCCCACUCGCACUUUAUUCGUCUGUGUUGGAGUCUGGCUGUUUGUGGGCGUGUCCUCUGCGCCCUUUCUGACCAACGGGGUGACGAGCAGGGCGGGGUUUCCUCGCUGCUUCGAGCCGUCUAGCCCCUCCUCGUGGGGGCGUGUCCUGAUCUUGAACUACCUGGCGUUGGCUCUGGGCUUCCUCCUGCCCUUCCUCAUCAUCAUCUUCUGCUACAGCCUCAUCGCGCGGCGCCUGACCGCCCGCUCCAGCCUCUAUGGCAGCAGCUCGUCCAGCAAAGCUCGCCGCUGCAGCCGCCGGCGCUCGGUGCACCUGGUCACCAUGGUGACACUGACCUUCCUGCUGUGCUUUCUGCCGUACCACGUGAUCCGGUCCCUGCACCUGCACGCCGUGUGCGGCGGCUGGGGCUGUGAGGUAACGGUGGCACUGCAGCGAGCGGUGGUGGUGACGCUGUGUCUGGCUGCGUCCAACAGCGUGGUCAACCCGCUGCUGUACUACUACUCAACCAGGACGUUCAGGGACAACAUGAGGGACGCACAGUCCUCCCUGCUGUCCAGCAGGAAGUCGUCCAUCCGGCCGCUGGCUCUGAUCAGGAGGAACACCACCUGACGGACCCGGAUCGCAGCCUGCAGCCCAAAAAAUAUUCUGCUUCACGCUGACUGAAGAACGCCUCAUCACGGAUCAUUUAACCGAUGUGGCAGCACGUUUUAUUCAUUUCAGUGAAAACAAAUCUUUAUAUCGUUCUUCCUGUAAAAAAGUCACUUUUUUUCACCGAAUGUCAAAGAAAAUAAGCUGGUGAAAGCAUGAAGAUGAGAUCAGUGGGCAUUGUCUC